ACCUGACACUCGGUUUUCAGCCUUCGCAACCUAUAAUUCCUUAUAAACCCCUUUCAAUCUUUCUUUUUCUUCUUUCUUAAUCCUUUCUUAAUUUUUCUUUUUCUUCUUUAUAAACCCUUCUUUAAUUUUUCUUUUCCUUCUUUUGUCGUCGAUAUGUUCGCGCCAGUGCUCCGAGUCACAAAAGCACUCAAGCCACAAACGGCUGCAUUGAGUGCCACAUUUGUCUUUGCUGGUAUAGCUGGCGGCGCAUACAGCUACAGAAUAUACAAUCGAUUUGUCCGAGAAUAUCAGACACAUGUCCGACAGAAGAUAGGUGUGCUGGAUUCACUCAACAACUCGAACACAGUCCGCACUCUAGUCAACCCUCAUAACCAUGUUACCAUGGGAGACUCUUGCUCAACCAUUUUGACAACGCUCCCAGAGCAAGAGACGCCAUCAGACGAAGUCAUCCUAUCUGCGCUUGUGAAAGGCUUUUUCUCAGGUCCAGUUUUCAUGCCAGAAAGAAUUGCACUUCGACUUAUAGGACUCCGAUUCGUAACAUUUGAUGGCUUGGAACCGACAGCACAGCCCAUCUGGAAGACUUCACAGCUGUCCAGCACUCAGCUUCCUAUGAAAACAGCAAUACUAUGGGGAUGUUUCCAAAUCGCGAAUAUCGAACUCUCGAACUCUAAAGACGGAGAUAAUAGAAGUGUGGUUGAUAUUGUUUUCGGUACCGAUCGAGAGCAAUUUGCUGGUUGCCAUCGGUUUUCCGUCAAACGUGUGGAGGAAAAUUCUCAUGCCCAGAAACAGCCUGCACAGUUUCAGGUACAGGUGGAGAGCAUUAUCUGCAAUCCAACCGUUAACAAGCCGAUUUCCAUUAGUUUUCUAGGAGGAUUUCACAAAGUAUACGCAAAUCUGCUUUUUAGGGACGCUGUCGCGGAGGCAAUGCACCCGCUAAGUCUUAACAGUGCGUAAUAGAUGCCAUGCCGAAGAAAUGAACUAUUUUCCAUGACAGAAAUGUUCAUGACUGUAAUAUUAAUAUGUACAUUAGACACACUCCAUUUCAUAGUUACUGGCAGAAGUGAGUUCAAAUUCAUAGAGAUUAGAAGGCAGUUGAAUUUAUAAUAGUUAAUGGAAAAAUAAAGACAUGGCUGCUUGGCUUGCUUUCUCAAAC